CUCUCUGCUCCAUUCAAACAAAGGUAUGGACUGGUUUUCUUUCAGCGCUUUUUCUCACAGAAAGCGCUGCAGCUUUGCUUAAAGACAGCGAGUUUGAAGCUGCAGCAGUGCGGACAAAACCCAGAAGAUGGCCACCCUCUACGUGUCCCCUCACCCCGAUGACUUCAGGAGUCUGCUGGCUCUCAUCGCUGCUGAGUUUUGUCCAUCAUCUCGUCCUCGGAUCAUCUCGGAGGAUCCGCCAGCUUCCCUGAAUGCCCGCUCCAGACCCGCCCUGGCCCUAACCGCUGCCGGGGACGGGGACUCUGUCCUGAGCGGGGCCAGUGCUGUGGCAUGGUACCUGGCCUUUCAGGGAAAGAGGGCAGGAGUGGAUUCAAAGCAACAGAGCCAAGUGUGGCAGUGGCUCAGCUUUGCAGACAACGAGCUCACCCCCGUUUCCUGUGCCGUGGUCUUCCCUCUGAUGGGAGUGAUGGGCGUAGAUAAAAAGCUGCAGCAGAGUUCGCGGGCAGAACUCAUGCGGGUUCUAAAGGUUCUGGAUCAGGCCUUGGCACCAAGAACGUACCUGGUGGGAGAGAGCCUCACUCUGGCUGACAUGGCCGUUGCUACAGCUAUUCUUCUGCCAUUCAAAUAUGCGUUGGAGCCUUCAGACAGGAAGGCAGUGACCAACGUGACCAGAUGGUUCACAACCUGCAUCAACCAGCCUCAGUUCCUGAAGGUGCUGGGAGAGAUCGCUCUUUGUGAGAAAGUGGGACCAGUAACAGCAACACAGAAUGCUGCUGGAAAAGCUGAAAAUGUCGCUGUGGAGUCCAACAAUUCUUCUACUAAUGGUCCACCAAAGACGGAGGCGCAGCUGAAAAAAGAAGCAAAGAAGAGAGAAAAAUUGGAAAAGUUUCAACAGAAGAAGGAAAUGGAGGCAAAGAAAAAGACACAACCUGCAGCAGAGAAAAAGGCAAAACCUGAAAAGAAAGAGCUUGGAGUGAUUACAUACGACAUUCCUACAAACCCUGGAGAUAAAAAAGACGUCAUCAGUGCGCUUCCUGACUCGUACAGCCCUCAGUACGUGGAGGCUGCCUGGUAUCCAUGGUGGGAGAAGCAGGGCUUUUUCAAACCUGAGUUUGGUAGGAAGAGCAUCAGUGAGCCGAACCCUCGUGGCAUCUUCAUGAUGUGCAUCCCUCCUCCAAACGUGACCGGAUCUCUUCACCUGGGUCACGCUCUCACCAACGCCAUUCAGGAUUGUUUGACCAGAUGGCACAGAAUGCGGGGGGAAACCACACUGUGGAACCCGGGCUGUGACCACGCCGGCAUCGCAACGCAAGUGGUGGUGGAGAAGAAGCUGAUGAGAGAGAAAGGUCUGAGCCGCCACGAUCUGGGCAGGGAGAACUUCAUCCAGGAAGUUUGGAAAUGGAAGAAUGAGAAGGGAGACCGUAUUUACCACCAGCUGAAGAAGCUGGGCUCCUCUCUGGACUGGGACAGGGCGUGCUUCACCAUGGACCAGAAACUGUCCUACGCAGUGCAGGAGGCCUUCAUCCGCAUGCAUGACGAAGGAGUGAUUUACAGGAGCAAGAGGCUCGUCAACUGGUCCUGCACACUGAACUCAGCCAUCUCUGACAUAGAGGUGGAUAAAAAGGAGCUCGGUGGCAGAACUCUGCUCCCUGUGCCUGGCUACAGGGAGAAAGUAGAGUUUGGGGUCUUGGUGUCCUUCGCUUACAAGGUGGAUGGAUCAGAUGAGGAAGUGAUCGUGGCCACGACCCGUAUCGAGACGAUGUUGGGAGACACGGCGGUGGCCGUCCACCCGGCUGACCCCAGGUACCAGCAUCUGAAGGGAAAAGCCGUCCUGCAUCCCUUUUGCGAGCGCAAGAUGCCGAUAGUCUUUGACGACUUUGUGGACAUGAAUUUUGGAACAGGUGCUGUCAAAAUCACCCCCGCUCACGACCAUAACGACUACGAGGUCGGAGAGAGACACAAUCUGGCCUUCAUCAACAUCUUGGAUGAAAAUGGGCUGCUCAUUAACGUGCCUCCUCCCUUCCUGGGCAUGAAGCGAUUCGAGGCCAGAACAGCCGUUCUGCAGGCACUGAAGGACAGAGGCCAGUUUAAAGAGAUCAAAGACAACCCCAUGGUUGUGCCCGUCUGCAGCCGUUCAAAGGACAUCGUGGAGCCGCUGCUGAAGCCUCAGUGGUACGUCAACUGCAGAGAAAUGGGCAAACAGGCUGCAGACGUCGUGAGGGAAGGGAAGCUCAAGAUCAUCCCCGAUCACCACCUGAAGACGUGGUUCAACUGGAUGGACAACAUCAGAGACUGGUGUAUCUCCCGGCAGCUGUGGUGGGGUCACCGUAUUCCUGCCUAUUUCGUCACCGUAAAUGAUCCCGCUGUGAAACCCGGCGAGGACAUGGAUGGUCAUUACUGGGUGAGUGGCAGAUCAGAGGAGGAGGCCAAAGAAAAAGCAGCAAAACGCUUCAAUGUGUCUGUGGAUAAAAUUUCCCUCCGGCAGGACGAGGAUGUUCUGGACACUUGGUUCUCGUCUGGCAUUUUCCCCUUCUCUAUUUUUGGAUGGCCUAACGAGACCCAGGACCUGAACGUGUUCUACCCCGGCACCCUACUGGAGACGGGUCAUGACAUCCUGUUCUUCUGGGUCGCCCGCAUGGUGAUGAUGGGCCUGAAACUGACGGGCAAGUUGCCCUUUAAAGAGGUUUAUCUGCAUGCCGUGGUGCGGGACGCUCAUGGGAGGAAGAUGAGCAAAUCCCUCGGGAACGUCAUCGACCCGCUGGACGUCAUCACCGGGAUUUCCCUGGAGGGUCUUCAUGCCCAGCUGACGGACAGUAACUUGGAUCCUGUGGAGGUGGAGAAGGCGAAGCAAGGCCAGAAGUCAGACUAUCCAAACGGCAUCCCAGAGUGUGGGACAGAUGCUCUCCGGUUCGCAUUGUGCGCCUACACCAGCCAAGGGAGGGACAUCAACCUGGAUGUCAACCGUAUCCUGGGGUACCGUCACUUCUGCAACAAACUGUGGAACGCUGUGAAGUUUGCAAUGAAAACACUUGGAGACAACUUUGUUCCCUCAGAAAAAGCCCAGCUGUCUGGAGAGGAGAGCGUGGCAGACAGGUGGAUCCUGUCCAGACUGAGUGCGGCUGUGGCUCUGAGUGACGACGGCUUCAAGGCCUACGAUUUCCCAGCCAUCACCACCGCCGUCUACAACUUCUGGCUCUAUGAGCUCUGUGACGUCUACCUGGAAAGUGUGAAGCCGGUGUUCAUUAAAGCAGAUGAAGACAGCGCCACCCAGAGGCAAGCUGAAGUAUGCAGGCAGACCCUUUACACCUGUUUGGACGUGGGUUUGCGGCUUCUUUCCCCCUUGAUGCCGUUCGUCACUGAGGAACUCUACCAGAGGUUACCUCGACGGAAACCUCAGACUGAUCCACCCAGCAUCUGCGUCACGUCCUACCCAGACACCACAGAGUUUUGCUGGAACAGCGAAGAGGUCGACCGCGACAUGGAGUUCAUCAUGACGGUGGUCAAGACGAUCCGAUCUCUGAGGGCCGACUACAACCUGACAAAAACCAGAGCCGACUGCUACCUGCAGUGCAUUGAUGCUGCAACCGUGUCUCUGCUGCAGAAAUACAGCCUGCAGAUUCAGACCUUGUCUUACUCUCAGGCCGUCAUCCCUCUGACAGCCGACCAGCCGGUCCCAGAAGGCUGCGCUGUGGCUAUCGCUUCUGACAGAUGUACUGUCAACCUCAUGCUCAAGGGUCUCAUUGAUGUGGAGAAGGAAGUGACUAAACUGAUGACAAAGAAAGGUGACUUGGAGAAACAGAUGGAGAAACUGAGAGAGAAGAUGGCAAAGAAUGAUUACAAGGAGAAGGUGCCAGCGAAGGUGCAGGAGCAGGAUGCGGAGAAGCUACGCCAGAGUCAGACUGAGCUCCAGAAAGUGACAGAAGCCAUAGAAAAUUUCAAGAAAAUGAUGUAACUUUCCUCAUUGUGUGAAUCAGGAUUCAGGUUUUUUUUUCAUGUCAUUGUGUUGAUUUUUUUCCAAGCAGAUUCUAGUAUGAAAGGGACUAAAUAAAGCUCUUAAAACCACAAUGGGAUUUAACUAUAGGCUGGUUAUUAUAUAUAUAUAUAAUUCUUCGCUCUCCUCCCAGCACUAACAAGAAACAGUCAGGAGGGUCUUAUUGCUGUCAAUCAUGCUCAUACAAGUGCUGUUUGUCCCCUGCAUCCCCUUUUCUCUCUGCUGUGCUGCAGUAUCAUUAACCUCAAACUGCCCAAUUUGAUAUUUUGAAAGUAAAAUUGUUUGAUGGAAACACACCAGUUUAAAAAAAAAAAUAUUUUUUAAAAAAUAAAGUUUUGAUGCUAGGAUGAGGGUUUUUUUGUUUUGGACCAUAUCAUAAUUUGUAAAUUUUGCAAAACUGCAAUGGAGACGCUUCUUUUGCGUCACACUGGUCAUGUGAUUGACGACUGCAUGUUGGCGCUGGCGGAAAAGACAAAGAAGUCGACAGGAAGUGGUGGGAGGACAAUGUCACAGCAUGUUUUUAUCAACUUAUCAAGUGAUUUUAAUUGCAUUUAUUUAAUGGAAACAAAUAAUAUAUAUUUUUUUACUUUACUGAAAUAUAAAAGUUUUGCACGUUUGUAAUGGAGUCACAGCUAGUUUGUUCCAGACAGUAGAGCCUGUCACAAAUGCUAAAACUAGUUAACAUGGCGACCAACGAUGGCAAAUAAACAGCACAUUCAGAAGCAAAUACACAAGCAUGACCAACAGCGCUAAGACCUUAAGAUCUUUUCACAGAUCAUCUAAUAAACUGUCACAACAUAGUGACAGUUUUAACAAAUGUGAAAAACACUUUUUAUAAAAUUUACAUCUUGCUAAAAUAUUACUUGUCCUUCAGGUGUACUAAAAUAAAUUUGAAAGUAAAGUUUUGUCUAGAAACUGGACAAAAAAAUUCUAAAUCAAUGUUUGUGCUUUGGCAGUGAAGGAGAGGAAAGGGUAAGGACAGACUCAGAAUGGGACAAAAGGACAUGAAAGGAAAAACAUGAAGAUGUCAAUUAUAAUCUGGAGAAGAAAUAUUUUCCUUCAUGCCCAGAAACCUUAAAAACGUUGAAAUGAAAUGAGUUUUCUUCCAGGCUAAGUGGGAACCCUGCAGUUAAGCACUGGUGAUGUGCUGGAUGCACACAGAAAAGAAAGAAAGAAAAAAAAAAAUCCAUCAUCUCAAAAUUUUAUUCAGUAUAUUUAAUGAAACACUUAAGAGCAUCAUUUUAGGCUCCAGAUUAAUUUAUACAGACAGUUCCCACAAAAGAAAAAAAAAAAACAAGAAACCCUGGAAAGCUUAAAUACUCUGGCUGCGUUUCCACAGAUGGAAAUCCUCUAAAACGACAUUAAGAUUAGUUUUUAUUCUUUGAAUAUGAGCAAUAGAUGUCUCAUUUACAUUUGCUUUACAAACCCAGCCAGGGAGGGAACAAUGGAAGGAGUGGCUUUAAAACGAACGAAGCAAUACAUGUACCAUAUUUCUGUUUUUUUUUUUCAAUGAGUGUAUGGAGGGAAAAUUAAACCAAAGAGAAAAAACUAAAGCAGUAGGAACACAGUUCACCACAGGCAAUCGAACUCUUGUUUUUCUUCGUCCCAUCACCCAUCCAUCCUGAUUCUUCUUUUUUUUUUUUUUUAAAGUCUCCAGGGCGAGUGAAACUCGGCGGCAGGAAGAGGGGUGCAAUGUGUUGAUUCAAAGUUUCGCAUGUACUUCCGAGCC